UUUUUGAUGAGUAUUUAAUAUUUUUUUAUUUAUUAUUUUAUUGGAAAAAUAACAAAUAUGAAUAAAAUAACUCACGGGAGAAACGAAAAACAGCUCAGGUACAAGAUAAUACAAGUUAAAGCAUGUGCGAUUUUCCCACGAUACCACCUUUAUAUGGACCAAGAUCUUCGGAGAAAAUGGUUCUUUCUUGAAAGUUGAAUCGCGCUAUCAACUUCUCUGCCUUACGAGCAGUACCACAGAGUUUUACAUCCACUCUACUCCUAAUGUUCUCCAUUGUUUUCCCGAAGACUGCAUUGUUCAUCAAUUUGUAGAAAUUUUUUUCAAUAUCGUUAGUUGCAGCUGUUCAUAGGGUGGUGUUUAAAUCAAUGUAUGAUUUUAACCACGGGGCUUGCUCGAACUGUAAAACCCUGUGCACUUUAUUGAGUUUGAGGCCAUGCUGAAGGUAAAGUUGCUAGUUUUGAUAGUACAGCACGUAUCUCUGCUUGUUGUUCAGGGUGGUUAGGAGUCUUUUUUCUUUGCAGCCAGGUGGAAUGGCAGUUUCCGAAGCAAGGGGAAGGUCGGAGUGAUUGUCGUGGAGAUCUGAUGGAUAUUCUAAGUCGACUUCCAGGAUGUAUCCGGUGGAGCUAUCUGGUGGGGUACUUCUGUGGCAGGAUCAAUCCAGUGAAAGUCUUUAAGAGGAAGGUAUUGUGACAUUGCCCAGCCGUACAAAUUGUUAGCAUCCAAAUAGAGGAUAUAGUUUGAUGGCUGGUUUUUAUCAUACUCCUCCUCCAUGUAGACGUUAUUGGCUUUUGCAUAUCGAUGGGAGCAUUGGGAAACUCCACCUCGAAUCCCGUUCUCUAUAAAAAAGUAGCAUAUCAUAGUCUUGCAAUAGCUCCAGCUGAACUCCGGUCUUCUUCAGCAUGGCGUCCCAUGAUAAGCCUGGGGCAGUGUAAUACCAGGCCGGAUCUAGCCCGUACGUUUUUCAUACAAACAUCCCGAAAAUUUUCAAAGAUAUCUGCCAGCAGUAAUACGUCAGACUUGACGUAUAAGUCAGCAUACUCGCCAAGGGUGUCCAAACGGAAGACUUCCCAAACUUUUUGAGAGUGUUCGUAAUCCUCCGCGGUGAUAUUCGUCUCAUUCAGGCGGUUGUAAAAGGCUUCUUGAGGAGGUAAGACCGUUUCGUUAAACUUGUCCGCGUGGUUGAUGUAAUCGUACGGGUACACUCCCUUUCGCAGAUGUAGAGCAAGGUGGUCAGAUGAGAAAUAUCUGGAUCAAUUUAAAUUGAUCCUCCGUCAAGUUACGAGCGGGAGGCAUGUUGAUGGUAGUUCUGUACAGGAUGGAGGGCGGACAGAACUGCCCACAUGAAGCAGCGAUUAUCUCUAUUAUCCACGUUGAUGAUGGCCUUCUUAGAUUUAACAGACGGGGGUAUGUCUAUGUAGGAUGAUCCUCUGAGAGGACAAUACUUACUCAACCAUAUUUCUAAAGUGAGAAUUUCUUCAAGAGUCCAUCCGGAUUCUUUUCCCUCAAAAUCAUCCUCUUCAGCGAGUAGUUUGUCUAUUUUUGUAGAGUAGACAUCAUGUAGGUUGGUAGAAACAGUGACGAUAGCAUUCUUCGUCUUAAAGUUCUUUUCGUCGCUAACGAUACCACUAGGAGUUACUUUGUGAUAUCGGCACAAUAGGCGGACACGGGUAAGGUGAGUCGAGAUGAUGUGGUGAAAAUCUUCCCUUUUCAGUUCGAGAAAUGUACGUAUGUCUUUAACGUGAUCAUCAUUGGAAAGACAAACAUUUUUCAAUCUCCCAUUAAAGGCAGAAAGGUGAUCGGCAGAAGGAGGAACUGUUGAUGCAGCAUUAAAUGUAGAGGGACCAGCACGAGUUGUUGAGACAGUAGUGUUUGGCUGAGAAGGAAGCUGGUGUAAUGAGGUAAUAUCCGAUCGGAGUGUUUGUCGGGGAGCGAUGCGAUGUCUUCAGUUGCUUUCCGUUUAUGAAUGUACAAAUGGAACUUUAACUUAUCUGUCCUAGCAAAGGUCUGGGGGCAUUCCGGACAUUGAGGAUGUUUAUCCCCAUGCAUGGAUCUCUGGUGGCGCAGCAUGUUCCGGCGAGAUACGAAAGCUUUAUUACAUUGAGGGCAAGGUAGUUUUGCUUCAUCCAGUUGGUCUUGCUUUAGCAUACUAUCUAGUUGAGUAACCGUGAUGUCACCAAAAUCGCAGAUAGCAUAAAGUUCAUCAUUCACUGGCAUUGAAACGUUUUCAAACGUUUGAUUCAAGCCUUGACUCAUGUUGAAAAUGUUUCAACUUACACAAGAAAUUGAAAAUAUAUCAAGUAAUAAAUACUGAAUCAAUAAACAAUUGGCGAAAAACUUUAACUGUUAAUUUAACAGUAAAUAACAGAUAUAUAACAACAAAUUACAAAUAAUAGAAAUAUAACAACAAUUUACAAGUACUAAUAGAAACGUAAAUUCUAAAAUAUCAAAAGAUAGAAUCGAAGUUAAGAGCUCCCUGAGAGAGGUAAUCCUACAAUCAAAAGAAGUUCCCAAAGCGAAGGCGGCUGGUUUUAUACUCGCAAAACUACCCAGAAUGCAAUGCGUAAAACGUAAUGUAUGUUCCGAUUGGUUUUUUAUAGUUCUGUGUGAAAGCUUCUGAAUGGUUGAAGGCAAUGAUGUCAUCGCAUCACCUUUACUUUUGUAACUCACAACGAAAACAGUCCAUCAAGUACAAGAUAAUACAAGUUAAAGCAUGUGCGAUUUUCCCGCGAUUCCACCUUUAUAUGGACCUCCUAUAGGUUCCUAUGAACAAACGCAAACAAGCCCGCUUAACCAGGAUAAGACAUGUUCCAUGACUCAUGGGAUUGCAAGAGAGAAAUCUUGUUUUCGCUUGUUCAUAGGCUUGUCCAUAUGCGACGGACAGUCCUGACUUUCAACAUACCGAUUGCUGUCGGGAUGGUCGUACUAGACGUCUCCAAAACGUUAAUGUAUGACUUCCAUUGCUCGAAGAUGAUACCAAAAUAUGGUAGUCAUUUAAAACUUCUGUACACAGAUACCGAUAACUUCAUCUACAACAUCGUGACAGAAGAUGUCUAUGCCGACAUGGCGCAAGCGUUGGAGCUGUAUGACACGUCUGAUUAUUCGCCUAACAACAUCUAUGGUCUUCCCUUAGUUAAUAAGAAAGUUCUUGGGAAAAUAAAAGACGAGACCAAGGGGGAAGUCGUGACGGAGUUUGCCGUUAUCAGGUCCAAGGUAUACAUUUACAAAUCUGGAACUAAGACCGUGAAGAAGCUGAAGGGGGUCAAAAAGGCUGUUAUUGAAAAAAAGAUCUCCUUUGAAGAUUAUAUGCAGUGUCUUUUCCAGCACAUGGAAUUGAUGACAUGCAUGAACCUAAUCAGAUCAAAAACGCAUCAAAUUUAUUCCAUUACUGCAAACAAGAUCGCACUGUCACCACAUAAUCAAAAGCGGCACGUCUUGGCGGACCGCAUCAGUACCUUACCAUUUAGCCACUAUUCCUUGAGGAAUGACGAUAAGUAAGCAAUAUAAAUUAAAAAAAAAAAAGAUCGAGGAAGGAUUUUACAAAAAGAAAAAGAAAACUG